AUGGUAAGACAAAAUUUUGUAGUAGGACAACCGAUACCGAUUAGAAGGAUCCAGAGAAUCGCUGGAAGAAGAUGGAGUGAAAUUGCAGAGUCAUCCAGGAUGGGAGAAAGACGUAAUCAAGAUCAACAAGUCCAUCAUCCGGUACAACGAGAACCUGUGCAAGAUAAUGUUAUUGACUAUGAUAGAGUGAGUGUUCAUACUUCACAAACAGAUUCAACAGAAGAGGAUGAACAAAGAACUAGAGAGGGAGGACUCAUAGAAGGAACUGAUGAAGAUAUGACGAUUGAAGAACUUCGACGGAGGUUGGCUACGGAAAGAAGGCGAGAGGAUGAAGAGCGUGCGAAUUUGAUGCGUCAGAAUAAUGAGUUAAGAGCAGAGAAUAUCAGAUUACAGGAGCAGAGAUCGAGAAGUACGACUCGUUCAAGGUCAAGAUCAAGUAGGAGUACAUCAAGACGUAGUCAAUCUAGUCGAAGAGAUGUCAGAAAAGAAACACAUUUGGAUAAUAUUACAGAAAACAGUCAAGAAAAUGAUGAUCGACAAGAUCGACGCGAUGAAUAUCGCAUAAAUCAACCUCGAAUAGAUGAUCGAUAUGUGUUGCAUGGUGAAAAUCAACAAAACGAACGAUAUCAAGGUGAACAGAAUGAUCCAGAGCAACGAAGAAUGAUACUACAAGGUAGGCAAAUGUUAAGAGACCAACGCGAACACGAAGCUGAGGUUGAAAGGAAUAUGGAUGUACAAAACCACGCACAGGAUGAGCGAGAAAGGCGCGGGAGAAGAAGGAAAGAAAUUGAAGAACAAGAAUUGCCGGAUGCUAUGCGCGAAAACAACCAUGACAAUAGAUUGAGAAGACGCGAGUUUAACCGCAUACUUCCAAAUCAGAUUGUGGAAGAUGAGGAAGAACAGAGAAGAGCUAGAUUGCAAGACAGAAAGAUGCUGAGGGAUCGACACGAUCAAGUAGAAGAGGAUGAAAGAGAAAGAAGGAGACGCCAAAGAGAUGCUGAUGAAGAAAGAGAGAUGCAGGAGGCUAUACGUCAAAAUAGGCAUGAGAAUAGAGUAAUGCAAGCAAGACUAAAAAAGGCCAAUGCAACAAGACCAGGUGGUGAAUGA